UUCCUCUGCAACAGAGUUUUUCAUCGAAGCAGCACAAAAAUUUGCAGCAAGAAAUUUGAAUUUCUUACCAAUGGCGCCGGCCAUUGUACACUGGGCUGCUGCGUUUGUACUAUCCGCGGUUUCUCUAACCUCACCGUCACAGGCGGCCACAUGUACGUCACAGACGUUCACCGGUAACAGAGUGUAUACAUUCUGUAACGACCUUCCCACUCUCAACUGCUUCCUCCACUGGACCUACAGUCCCGACCAAUCCACGCUCUCCCUCGCCUUCGUCGGAGCUCCGGCGACGCCGGACGGGUGGAUUUCAUGGGCGAUAAACCCAACAGACACCGGCAUGCUCGGUUCGCAAGCGCUAGUUGCGUUCAAGGACGUUAAGGAUCGAAUGACGGUUAAGGCGUACAAUAUCUCGUCGUAUUCGGCGCCGGACAACUCAAAGGUUUGGUUCCAGGUGAAGGAAUCGUCGGCGGAGUUUGUCGGCGGGGUUAUUAGGCUCUUCGCAACCCUAAUUUUGCCGGAGAAAGGGAUUACGACGGUGAACCAUGUUUGGCAAGUCGGACCUUCCGUCACGAAGGGAGUUCCGGAUAAGCAUUUUGUUCAGCCGGCGAAUUUGGCCGCCGUAGGCAUCCUUGAUCUGAUGAAAGGACAGAGCACCGGCGGCGCCGGCGCCGGCGAUGCUAAAGUGAAGAAGAGGAAUAUCCAUGGAAUACUGAAUGGUGUGAGUUGGGGAAUUAUGUUUCCGAUUGGAAUCAUCAUUGCAAGGUACAUGAGAGCCUUCCCAUCGGCCGAUCCUGCCUGGUUUUAUUUGCACGUUUCCUGUCAGUUUUCUGCGUAUGCCAUUGGAGUUGCUGGUCUCGCAACUGGUCUUAAACUCGGGAUGGAAUCAAAGGCUGUUACAUAUUCCGAGCAUCGCAACAUUGGGAUCGCACUCCUUGUUUUCGCCACACUACAGAUGUUUGCAUUGCUGUUGAGGCCCAACAAGAAGCACAAGUAUCGGAUGUACUGGAACGUGUACCAUCACUCGUGCGGAUACACGGUGCUCAUCCUCGGCAUCAUCAACGUGUUCAAAGGUCUGAGCAUAUUACAGCCCGUCAACGUAUGGAGAAAGGCUUACAUUGGCGUGAUUGCUGGGAUAGGAGGCGUCGCAUUGCUGCUGGAAGUCAUCACUUGGGUCGUCGUUCUGAGGCGAAAGAAGUCAAAAGCAUAGAGAGGGGGUAGCUUCAACAACAACAAGAACAGACAGACAGCCCAGCCCAGCCCAGGCAUGCAUGAAUCUCCUGAUUAUUCAUUCGUCUGCAUUCUAUCUAUCUAUAUAUAUGUCUUAAUUUUGAAAUCCUUGCCUCGUUAUAGUAGUAGUUUGGUGAUCCUCUUGUUUGUAUUGGAUUUGGAUCGUCCACGACAUGUGUUGUCGGAUGCUCACUGACACUAACUAACCUAUCUUAGG